AUGAUUGAAAUUGAGAAUGUAGAAAAUUUAAUUAAAGUAGACUGUAAUUGUAAUGAAAUAGUAAGAAUUAAUGCACAAGAACUGACAUAUGAUCAGUUCUUUCAUGAGUUUAUGUUCAAAAAUGUUCCUGUUAUAGUUAAAACCGUUGAUUUAUUAAAACCGGCUUCAAAAGAAUGGUUCACAGAUAAUAAAUUUAAUAUUGACAAGUUUGAGGAUGUCUUGAAGGAUAUAGAUGUGCCAGUCUACAAUAAUUCAAAGCAAUAUUUUAAUUCUCAUGAAAAGUCAACGAUGAAAUUCAAUGAUUAUGCUGAAUACUUUAGAACAGAUGACAAAAAGGAACUUUUGUAUUUGAAGGACUUUCAUUUAAAGCAACAACUUCCAGAACUGGAUUUUUACAAUGUACCUGAAUUUUUUGCAUCUGACUGGCUUAAUGAAUGUUUGAUAGACAAAGGAUCUGAUGAUUAUCGUUUUGUAUAUAUUGGAGUUAAAGGAACUUGGACACCAUUGCAUUCUGAUGUAUUUAACUCAUACAGCUGGUCUGGAAAUAUUUGUGGCACAAAGCAAUGGUUAAUGAUAGUUCCUGGAGAUGAAGAUAAAUUAAAGGACAGUUUUGGACAGUUACCAAUAUCUGUAGACAGCAAUUUACUCAAAGAAAAGAAUGUCAAGUUCUUUGAAAUCAUUCAGGAACCGAACGAAAUUUUAUUUGUACCAAGUAAAUGGUUCCAUCAAGUAUUAAAUCUUACCGAUGUAUUUUCUAUAAAUCAUAACUGGUUUAAUAGCUGUAACAUCCACGAGAUUAAGGAUAGUUUAUUUAAAAAUUGGAAUGAUGUCGUAGCUGAAAUUCAAGACUGUAAGAAUAUGUAUGAUUUUGAUAAUCAUUGUCAGUUAAUGACCAAGUCACUUUUUGGAAUGGAUUUUAAAGAUUUUGUUGAUAUUUUGAUACAUGUUGGAACAAAACGACGCAAAUUUAUUAAAAGUAAUGAAAGCUUUAAGCUAUUUGAUAAAUAUGAAGUAGGAAGGAACUUGGCAGAGUAUGAUGAUCAAAUGAUUGACGAGAUCCUGAAAGAGAUCUUAGAUGUUUAUGUAAAUUUUUUGAGUGACAGCUUGAUCCAAGCAAUAUUAAGUUAUCUACACGCAGAUUAA